UAUAGUAACAGUACACAAUCCCACACAGGCAGCAGAACACCGGUGAAUUUCUACGGAAACUUUUACCAAAACACCGUGCAAUCAUGGCUGAAAUGUCUGCCAUGAACCGAAAAUUAAUCCAGAAACUCGCUGACACUCUGUCCAAGCAAGUGAAACACUUUAACAAGACUGAGACAGAAUGCUUGAUCCGGCUAUUCAAUGGCCUGUUGGGGGACCACACUGAGAGGCGGGUGGGGAAUGGGCUGGAUCGAGGCAAAUUCCGAAACAUUCUUCACAAAACCUUUGGCAUGACUGAUGAUAUGAUAAUGGACAGAGUGUUCCGGGCAUUUGACAAGGACAACGACAGUUAUGUCAGUGUCAAGGAGUGGAUUGAAGGGUUGUCUGUCUUUCUACGGGGCACUCUGGAUGAGAAAAUAAAAUAUUGUUUUGAUGUGUAUGAUCUUAACGGGGACAGCUACAUUUCCCGAGAGGAGAUGUUCCACAUGCUGAAGAACAGCUUAAUCAGGCAACCGACAGAGGAAGACCCUGACGAGGGAAUCAAGGACCUUGUUGAGAUCACUCUGAAGAAAAUGGACCAUGACCACGAUGGGAGGCUUUCCUAUGCCGAUUUUGAAAAAGCAGUGAGAGAAGAGAACCUGCUUCUGGAAGCUUUUGGAACCUGUCUCCCAGACGCUAAGAGUAUACUGGCAUUUGAGCAGCAUGCCUUCCAGGAACCUCUUGAACGAUGAGGGUAUUCUCCAACUGAAAUUCUGACCCUUUUUUGUACAAAAUGAUAUACAACAGCUUUGCAAAUGCAAAUAAAUACAAUUAUUUUUAA